AUGCUCGCACGCCACGCACCUACCCCGUCAACGCUCAGCGCGGCUGCCCACCGAGCUCUGCCCGCAGCUUCGGCAGCCACUCGCCUUGCGACAGCCACCUCCUCAUCACGGACACAAAGCCGGGGUUUGGCGACAGUACAGGAUACUCCGCCCAAGAGAACAUAUGGCGGCUUGAGGGACCAGGACCGUAUCUUCCAGAACUUGUAUGGACAUCAUGGCGCGGACAUCAAGAGCGCUAUGAAGUAUGGCGACUGGCACAAGACGAAGGAAAUCCUGCUCAAGGGGCACGACUGGAUCAUCUCUGAGAUCAAGGCUUCCGGUCUACGCGGCCGAGGCGGUGCUGGCUUCCCCUCUGGUCUGAAAUGGUCAUUUAUGAACUUCAAGGACUGGGACAAGGACGACAAGCCCCGCUAUCUGGUCGUCAAUGCCGACGAGGGCGAACCCGGAACAUGCAAGGACCGCGAGAUUAUGCGCAAGGACCCACACAAGCUCAUCGAAGGCUGCCUCGUCGCUGGCCGUGCCAUGAACGCUACCGCCGCCUACAUCUACAUCCGAGGAGAAUUUUACCACGAGGCUACCGUGCUGGAGCGCGCUAUCCAGGAGGCAUAUAAGGCUGGUUUUAUUGGCAAGAACGCCUGCGGUUCCGGCUACGACUUUGAUGUCUACGUCCACCGCGGAAUGGGUGCUUACGUCUGCGGUGAGGAAACCUCGCUCAUCGAGUCACUGGAGGGCAAGCCCGGUAAACCCCGUCUCAAGCCUCCGUUCCCCGCUGCCGUUGGUCUCUUCGGAUGCCCUUCGACCGUCGCAAACGUCGAGACCAUCGCUGUAGCACCCACUAUCUGCCGACGAGGAGGCAGCUGGUUCGCCGGCUUUGGUCGCGACCGCAACCAGGGCACCAAGCUCUUUGCCAUCUCUGGCCACGUCAACCACCCCUGUACCGUCGAGGAAGAAAUGUCCAUCCCCCUUCGUGAGCUCAUCGACAAGCACUGUGGGGGUGUUAUUGGUGGCUGGGAUAACCUUAAAGCCGUCAUCCCCGGUGGUUCCUCGACCCCCAUCCUGCCCAAGCACGUCUGCGACGAUCAGCUCAUGGAUUUCGACGCCCUCAAGGACUCACAGUCUGGUUUCGGAACCGCCGCCGUCAUCGUCAUGGACCAAUCGACCGACGUUGUUCGUGCCAUCACACGCCUCGCGAAAUUCUACCACCACGAGUCUUGUGGUCAAUGCACACCUUGCCGUGAGGGAUCAAAGUGGACGCACCAGAUCAUGGACCGGUUCUACAAGGGCCAGGCGCGCGAGCGUGAGAUCGACAUGUUGCAGGAGUUGACGAAGCAGGUCGAGGGUCACACCAUUUGCGCGUUGGGAGAGGCGUUUGCAUGGCCGCUGCAGGGUCUUAUCAGACAUUUCAGGCCAGAACUAGAGGCGAGGAUAAAAGAUUAUGGAAUCAAGAAUGGGGGAGAGGCGUUGGCUGGCGGUUGGGCACACGAUGCUGCGAAGCGGGGGCAGUUGAUUUCGCCGGGUCAGUAA